AUGGCGUCAUCCCCUGAUUCCACCCAUUCCUUCUCUGACAUGGACGCCGGCUCGCGCACCCCAACGCAACAAAUCCAGACCACAAGUCCGCAAUUUGCAGGCGCCUCGGAGCUCUCUCCGCCAGGCUCGCAAACCCAGCCAGCCGGCGGCAUAGCAAAUAUAACGCAAGGUAUAUCCGGUACCGAGGAAGGAACGGAGGAGUCGCAGCACCCCGGAGCGUCGUGGAUGAAUAAACGAGCAGAGGAGGAGUAUCAGCGCGCGAUGGAGUACGUGAUUGAUCUGGACUGGAAUCUUGAUGAAUUCGGAGACCCGUUCGACGAGCGCGAUAUGAAGGAGAAGCUGGGUUAGAGUUCAGUGCAUGGUUGGCGUUUGGUGUUCUACUCUUUGUCUGGUCUCUUAUUUUUAGACGCGGAUCGCGUUGUUACGCGAUAAAUUAUGCGAUAUGACCAUGGAUGUGGCAUUUCUGGAAUAUUUCAAAUGAGGUUAUGAACCGUCGCAGCGAUCUUUUGCAUUUCAAUCCUGCUCGUGUUAGAUUCGACACUUGAGAUUUUGUACUCACUGGGUAGCUCGGACGGCUAGUACCCUGGCGAGGCGCCGUGGCAGUUCUCCGUCUCAACCAAGGAUGAUGAUACAGUUUACCCCA